CAGACAGUCAGCGCUCGAACUAAACACUUACUUGAAAUGUGUACACGUAGAUGGCUGCCAGUCAUCGCUUUUAUACUGACUGAGCGCGGAGCAGGGCCGCCCCAGUAGCCAGCCAAGAUGGACACCGCAGAGGAAGGUGACAUCUGUCGCGUGUGCCGGUCAGAGGCCACCCAGGACAAGCCACUCUACCACCCCUGCGUCUGCACCGGCAGCAUCAAGUUCAUCCAUCAGGAAUGCUUACUGCAGUGGUUGAAACACAGCAGAAAGGAAUACUGUGAAUUAUGCAAGCACAGGUUUACAUUUACACCAAUCUACUCUCCAGACAUGCCGUCUCGCUUGCCUGUCCAGGACAUCUUCGCGGGGCUGCUCACCAGUGUUGCAACAGCCAUCAGAUACUGGUUCCACUACACGCUGGUGGCCUAUGCCUGGUUAAGUGUGGUGCCUCUCACAGCAUGUCGUAUCUACAAGUGCUUAUUUACUGGCUCUGUGAGCUCUCUCCUUACUCUGCCAUUAGACAUGCUUUCAACGCAAAACCUGCUUGCGGACUCCCUCCAGGGCUGUUUUGUAGUCACUUGCACGCUGUGCGCCUUCAUCAGCCUGGUGUGGCUGAGGGAACAGAUUGUCCAUGGUGGCGCCCCCCAGUGGCUGGAGCAGAAUCCACCCCCUCUAGUUCUGAACCAGCCCAACGGUCCAGCACCGGCUAACGACGCUCCAGGUGGCAACGUCGGCGUCGACGCACAGGGUGCUGCAGCUCAGCAGCCUGCAGACGCCGCCCCGGAAGGACAGGCACCCGCCAACCCAAAUGAUGCCGGCAACCAGGGGGGCGUGGCUGGACUUGACAACGAGGAGGAAGAUGAGAACCGGGAGGAAGAUGAGGAGGAGGAGGACGACGAUGACGAUGAGGACGGCAGGGAAGAGGAUGCUGUCGAGGCCAAUAAUGGAGCACACGAAGACUUUAACUGGAACGCCCUCGAGUGGGACCGAGCCGCUGAGGAGCUGACCUGGGAAAGGAUGCUGGGGCUGGAUGGCUCCCUAGUUUUCUUGGAACAUGUCUUCUGGGUGAUGUCUCUCAACACACUCUUCAUCCUGGUCUUUGCUUUCUGCCCGUAUCACAUUGGCCAUUUCUCCGUGGUUGGACUGGGCUUUGAAGAAUAUGUCAAAGCGUCACACUUUGAUGGCCUUGUCACCACCAUACUGGGUUACAUCCUCCUGGCUGCAGCUCUCAUAGUCUGCCAUGCGUUUGCUUCAUUGGUGAAGUUCCAGCGGUCCAGACGCCUCUUGGGCAUCUGCUACAUUGUUGUGAAGGUGUCCCUGCUGGUUGUCAUGGAGAUAGGCGUGUUUCCGCUGAUUUGUGGUUGGUGGCUCGACAUUUGCUCGCUGGAGAUGUUUGAUGCAACUCUGAAAGACAGGCAGCAGAGUUUUGACUCGGCACCCGGCACCACCAUGUUCCUCCACUGGCUGGUUGGCAUGGUCUACGUCUUCUACUUUGCCUCCUUCAUCCUUCUCCUCCGAGAGGUGCUCCGGCCUGGCGUGCUGUGGUUCUUGAGGAAUCUGAACGACCCCGACUUCAACCCAGUCCAAGAGAUGAUCCACCUGCCCAUCUACAGACACCUGCGGAGGUUCAUACUCUCUGUGGUGGUGUUUGGCUCCAUAGUUCUACUGAUGCUCUGGCUUCCUAUCAGAAUCAUCAAACUGCUCUUUCCAACCUUCCUGCCCUACAACGUCAUGCUUUACAGCGACGCCCCCGUAAGCGAGCUAUCGCUGGAGCUGCUGCUGCUUCAGGUCGUCCUGCCAGCUUUGCUGGAGCAGGGUCACACUCGCCAGUGGCUGAAGGGCCUUGUGCACGCAUGGACGUUCACAGCUGGAUACAUGCUCGACCUUCACUCCUACCUGUUGGGGGACCAUGAAGACGAGGACCACCAACCGAACGACAACCCUCCCGGCCGUCGUCACAACAGGAUCCCUGGAUUGGGGGAGGGGCUUCACGCCGCCCACCAGGCCAUUCUGCAGCAGGGCGGGCCCGUGGGCUUCCAGUCGUACCACCGGCCGAUUAACUUCCCCCUUAAGAUCAUUCUACUGGUUGCCUUUAUGUGUGUGACGCUGUUACUGGCAAGUCUGAUCUGCCUCACCCUGCCGGUGUGUGCGGGCCGCUGGCUGAUGUCUUUCUGGAUGGGCAGCGCCGUGGUUCACGAGCUGUACACGGCGGCCAGUGGCCUGUACAUCUGCUGGCUGUCCAUUCGAGGCGCCACCGUGAUGCUGUCCUGGAUGCCACAGGGAUGGACCAUCAUCAUGGUCAAAGUCCAUGAGUGGACCCUCAUGAUCCUGAAAACCAUUGUGGUGGCCGUGCUCUUGGCCGGGGUGAUUCCUCUGCUGUUGGGUCUGCUGUUUGAACUGGUCAUCGUGGCUCCUCUCAGAGUCCAACUAGACCAGACACCUCUCUUCUAUCCCUGGCAGGACUGGGCCCUGGGCGUGCUCCAUGCUAAAAUCAUUGCUGCCAUCACACUGAUGGGCCCCCAAUGGUGGCUCAAAACCGUCAUCGAGCAGGUGUAUGCUAACGGCAUCCGAAACAUUGACCUCCACUUUAUCGUGCGGGGGCUGGCCGCUCCCGUCAUCUGUGUCCUACUGCUGUCCCUCAGUGUGCCCUAUACCAUCUGUAAAGGCAUCACGCCACUGCUGGGUGUGCAGCCAGAGAUGCAAACGCUGGUGGAAAGGAGGAUCUAUCCCUUCCUGCUGAUGGUGGUCAUGCUGCUUUCCAUCCUGUUCUUCCAGAUCCGACAGUUCAAACGUCUCUACGAACACAUCAAGAACGACAAUUUUCUUACGUGGAUUUGGAUCAGCCGCUCUUCCAGCCUCACCCAUUUGAGCUGGUCCUCCAGAAUUUCACUCCUGCACGGACCUACGUGUUACAUCUGCGGCUCGUCAACAGAGACAAGAACACAGAUCAGUGGCAGAAAGGAAUCCCCUCCCCCUCCCCGGCAUGGAGAGAGCCCCUGAAGGAAACCACAUUCCUGCAGUGGACCGCAUGGCAGAGGGCAAAUGGUGGCCGGAGUGAUGACGUCAUGUGGAUAUGCAAAUCUACCAACAGAUAGACGGCUCGGCCAAUGAGCGAAUUGGGGAAAGGUGUUACCAAGACAAUGUAUCCAAUGAGAAGUGGAUAUUUCCCCUGGGGCGGGACGCCCGGGAAAUAUAAAAUGAACUUUCGGAGGCUGCGACAGACUUCUUUUAGGUGAAGCAAGAGACAGCUAACUACAAUUGGUUUAGCCAGGAGUGGUCUGUGGAUUGUGAAGCCUUAGAAGUCCUCGGCCGAGAAUUUAUACUCUGUAUCUGAACAGUUAUUAGUUAUUAUCAACGAUUGAUAAUACUUUUUAUUAAAUACAUUUUAUUAUAACUUUUCGACUCCGGACAUUUUCUUCGGUUCAGCACCAGGGGAUUUCUGAAUACUUAACAGUUUGGUGACUGCCCGACGUGAUUCCUUGGUGUUUUGGAUCGAGGAGGAACCGAGUUGAACAUCUGGAAGGAUCACUCUCCCCCACUCACACGAGGCCUCACAACAAGGGUAAGCAGAACCCAUUGUUUUAAACUGAAUUCUGCAUAGUUUAUCAUAGACAACAUUAGGUGUGAGUGGAGAAGAGUGUAAAACUAAACGCAUAGAUCUUGAAAUAACUGUUGAUGAUCGGAGUAUAAACUAUUGUAUGUUGCAUGCUGUGAGUCCUUCUAAAGAGGAUCAUUUGGAUACCGGUUACGGGCAGGGCCAAAGAGCCCUGUGCCAAGGAGUGGCGUCGGCGUACACACUCGGAUAUGGUGUCCUUUUUUUGAAAAGGAUAGAGUACGUCGUCGAGCGUACUCAUUUAUUAAAUAGGGACAUUAAGCCCCUGGUUUUGCUGAGCGGGUGUAACAUAAAGCUUGAGAAGUCUGUGCGGGGAAGAGUUACGUUUUUUAAGACGACGGUCUGACUUAUAGUCUCCUUAGAAUCUGCAUGGGUGACGAACGAGAUAAAACCCACAACCUGAAGGAGCUGAGCUAGCAUUAGCUGGCAAGACGCUAUUGAAGCAGAAUAGAUACCAGCGCUCUCGCUGAGGAAAGAACGUGUAGUUAAAAAAAAAAAAAAAAAAAAAAAACAGCAUGGCGAGGAACAGGAAGUAGGACCGAGCGGUCGAGAGAGUACAGCACCAAUAGGAAAUAGCGCCCCUGAGUGGUAGGGAGUACUUAUUACAACUUACCCCCAGUGGGCUGAUAGAGUACUGCAGGGACUAACCCUCUAGCACCAUCGACCCUCUAUAGCACCAUCGUGUGUCCACAUUUUGAAUUACAACAAGAGCGAUAAUUUGCACCACUGUGUCCAAUUUAGGUAUUACAACUUACCAGACUGUACUCAACUGUUUUUGCCAUAGCUGACACACACACACUUUAGCAACUAAACUGAUGCUUACAUACACCAUCACAUAAGCAGAGCAAGUUUGUUUGCAUAGGCACAUUUUAAGGUGCUUCACAUAAAACCAUUGAAGGUAGUGGUUGAGAACAUUCAUUUAAAUAGGAUUGUAACUUAAUAGUUUGAAUCAUUUUUUAUCUAGCUUGGUGAAUGACUUUGAUUUGAUUUUGGAUGGAUGGAACUUUUUCCCUCUAAAGCAGGGGACAUAAUUUUAACAAGGGCUUUUUGAAGAAGCUAAGAUAAGAGUGGGGUUUUAUGAGAGUGACCAGAAAGGGGAGGUCAGGAUGCAGGUCUCUCUCCCCCCCUUCCCUCUCCCAACCCCCUCGCGGCCCACAUGCCACCAAGAUUCCUUGACUGAUAAGAGUAAGGAAAGAGAGAGAAAGUGGACCCUAUGUUUUAGACAAAGGACUCCCAACACUUACUUAUACGAUGUGGGGGAAGGUCUCAAUGACUGUAAGAUUCUCUCUUCCCACCCCCACCCCCACCCACCGUCUCAACACACACAUUGUGACGAUCUUAUGCAUGUCGCAUAAACAUGAAAGAACCUUUAAAAUAAAUUGACCUUUGAAAAGGAACCGGGGCCGCGCAGUCUAAAGUCCUCUAACAUAUGUGAGGCCAGCCAUAAGGCUGGAGAGACGACCCCGAAGAAGUGUGGGCCGCGUAGAAAUUAAACACGUGUAAUGCAUAAACUGCGAAUGAAUGUUGAAUACCGGUGGUGAAUACAUGUUGUCAAAGUGGAAUCAACAGAGCAGAGUCGAAACCUCACGGUGUCAACGCAAGCUCUUAGUCUGUUGAAUUGCACGAGUGAUAAAUGAGGAUUUAUUGUUCUGAAAGGCACGUUGCUGAGUAAAGAACACAUUGUAUGGCGAUUAUGUACUACGUUUAAGAGCAGGUACGAGUUUGAGAUUGAGGAGGAUACUGAGAAACAAAGAGGUAACUCCGCUUAACACGCGAAAAUACAAGAACAGAAAGGAGGGGGGACAAGCAGAGAGCUGCUGCGCGUCUCCCCGCGGAGGGCACGCGCCUUCACAGACAGAGCAGCCACUCCUCUACCCACUUAGCUGCGCGCGCCGUUCUCGACCCUGCAGGCACCCAGAGCGAGCCAAGUUGAGAGCAGAACAGAGCAAGAACAGUAACGGAAGAAUUCCUUUUGAAGAUAACUAUUAAUUAGUAGAGUGUGCGACCAUCUUUUACUUUUUGAAAUGAUGUUUUAAAGAAAUGCAUUGUUUUGCCAAAUUUUUAAUUUUUCUUUAAAUUAACUGAUCAAUUGCCCGGCUAGCUCAGUCGGUAGAGAAUGAGACUUCUAAUUCAAAGGUUGUAGGUUAUUCAGUUUUAAAUUGAUCACCUUUAUUAUUUUAUAUAGUCAUCUAUUUUAUAUUUUUAGUAUAAUUUUUCCUCAGUCUCUCUUAAAGAUUUGACCCCUUUCAAGCAUAACUGCAGUUUUUUCAGCCACAAGGCACCUCUCUUAGCAGUUCAGAUAAAAAAUAAUAAAAGAAAAACUGAGAAAAAGGUUGAUGUUUCUAAGAUAAUGAUGAUGCCACCAUUGGAUGGUGAGGGAGGAGCAGCUUAUUUAGGUAGAAUCAGAGAGUUGUAGAACGACAACCUAGGGAAAGAUUUCCUUGAAGAUAGCAUGACUGAACAGUUUUUAGGUUAUCAAUAGAAUCAUCAGUGACUGUGACCAUACAGACCGAACUGAAAGGAGUAGGACUAAAGUACAUGAACUUCUAUGACUUGGAAGCUCAGGUCAGACGCCAAACAGAUAAAAAUAAACAGAGCAGAGAAAAGAUGACCUGACCAAAGCAGAAGCAAAUGGCACAAGCCACAGUGCAGCAGACUGCAGCACAACAUGGACCUUAAGUCCCGUAUAGUCCGUAUCCAGCCCCUCCUCCAAAUCCAUAAGCACUGAUCUAUCAACAGCCACAGCAAGCCACGUUUGCACCGCUUCAAGCUUAGUUCCCUCAAACCUUAUGUUCCGCAACAGGUGGGUCAGCAGCCCAUAAAUGGGGCCCAACAACAGAGAGAUAAUAUGCAUAAAAGAAGCCCGUUCAGGAGUAAGAGGGGUAACAACUGGGGCAACGGAGGCUUUAGACGAGCAUAAUAAUUUUUAAUUAUAGUCAGGCUGGACAUUGGGCUAAUUUUUGUCCUUAUCCACCACAGGGUUAAGCAGUCUCAGUCAGGACCACUUCAGUACUCUCAUAAUGUCUAAACCCCGCCAUAACAAGCACCCAACACAUAGCCACAGCCACAAGGCAACAGUGAUCCACGGCACCAGGCCCGGACCAGAGACACAGAAUUAGGCGUGCCCAGAUCCAACAGCUGACAGCGAACUGUACUCACUGAACAGAAAUGUGCCACACCCACUAGUCACCCAAUGAUUCAACUGGAGACUAAAGAGACACUGAACAGGAAGCAAAGCGUCCGGUGGGACAGAGUAGAUGAUGAUGACAUCACACCUCUGCAUGACAACAGCCAGCAGUGGAGACUUUGGUUCAAAGUCCUGCAUCCCUACUCGCCACCAGGGGACCAAAGACAUUGUGCCCUUAACUACACCUUGAUACAAGAUGAGAUCUGAGAUCCUGAGGGACUGCCUGCAACACGAGAUUGAGGUUCGUGAAGACCCAGCUGAGGAGGCUUGGAGAUCGAUGCAGAGAAGCAAGGAGUAGCAGCGGCCGGUGAAUGAACACCAGAGUUGCAGAUUGUAUGCAGUCGUUGACGCCGCAGCUCCACGUCACAGUGUUGGUCCAGAGUGGAGGCACAGAGAAGAACAAUGGUGAAGGCAGAGGUUGAGGCUACGGACUGGGUGCACACACAAAAUUAACACUUUCAUUACUCCACAUUUGAGAACAUGUAAAGAACUGCACACACAUCGGAGGUCCAGUUAGUAUUAGAGACACAUGCUGAGACACAUGCUGAGACACAUGCUUAGACACACACAUAGUAGAGAGAACACUGAUCAUGGGGACACUGACAACAUGCUUAGCUUAUUUCCAGACACCUUUAGGACUGAAGGGUGAACUGAUGUGUGACUGAUUCCGAUAGCUCCCGUAGAGAUAGAGUUAAAAACCGCGUACGAUUCCAAUUUAAUCGUCACCAGCAUCCCUUAAGGAUGGAACAGACUAGAUAUAUUUUUUUAAAUCAUAGAAUGGUUGUUAUAGGCAAGUGUACUGGAGAGGACGAGGGCUCCCUGGGAUACAUUAAUUAAUUUCCUAAAACCUGGAAAAUGGACCUUGAUUUGGGGCCAAUAAAUAAAUUUGUAACCCGCUCUUUACUAAUUAGGCCGACUUAUUAUGACAUUCCUUACCCAAGCACAAUGAUGACGCUGUGAGUUCAGACAAGACAUGGUUCUCCUGCAUUGAUUUGACAGACGCAUGCAUUUUAAUUUUAUUUCUCUCUUUUCUUCGAGAGGUUGACUGUUUAUUAAGAUUAUUAUUAUUGAAAAGGACGGAUUUGGGAAUUCCAUCCUAUUUCAAAGGAGGGAGUAGAACUGAGAUGAUGAUAUGCUGUUAAAAGGAGAAUCAGAUCUAACAAUGACACACAUUUUUGCAAACCAACACCUACAAGAAGUUGAGAAAUAUUUCUAGAGAGCACAUUCACACGGAGCAGUCUAUUGCCCAAUCACAGGUGAUAGUCGCGAGAGCUAAUCAACAAUUGAAGCAAUUGAGACAAUGAUGGCUAAAUUAUCCUCAAAGGAGGGAGAACAUUUCUCUCCCAUGAGUUAUUGACAUGAAGACCCAUGCGGGGUCUACAGAGAGUUAGGAGACAGUCCUAGACUUGACAAAUUUCAGAGAAUAUUCUGGGAAAAAUAACUGACCAGAUCUAAGUUUUUCUCCAAGUAGGUUGCUGAAGCCCACUAGGAGCCAGCUGAUGAGUCAUCAGUGGAACCAGGUGACUGGGUAAGACUCGAGGUUCACAAGAGGAAGUGGACUGAGCCCAGGUGGACAGGGUGUUUUGAAGUCAUUGCAAGGACUUCACAGCAAUCCAGGUGAGAGGCUUCACCAAGAGAGGAGCACCGUAUAACACAUUGUACAUUUGCAGAUCAGCCGGCCAAAGAAUCACAACCAGCCGCUGAAUAGUUGCCUCAUCAGGGUAAUUCUGACUAACAGAUGUGAGGUCACUUCCACACAUUUCUGCCUAGGCGCAGGAGCGAGAGUUAAGACUGCAACACAGAAAGUUGUCGCAUACGACAUCAACUCUCACUGUUCACUGUGUGAGACUUGCCAUUAGCUGCACCACCAGGUGCGACUGUUUGUUUUCCCAUGAUGCUUUCAAGGGACGAAAGAGAAGAUUGACGGACGAAUACCUGCCUGCUAUCAGAUCCUAGUAGGAUUUGAAUAUUUCUAUGCCCUAGUCAAGGGCCAUAGAUAGGAUCAAUUGCAUUUAUCAUAACCAGUAAAGAUAAAUAAAGUUAGAUUGGAUUGGAUAAGUAAUUGAGACUCUGUUGGACGACGGAUGGCCAUUUAAUAGAUGAUUCCUCCCACACGGGGUGAGAAGCUGUUCCUCCGACUCAGUUAAAGAUUGCGAAUUCAAGCCUAGAAAGUAUUAGAUACUUAUUUAAAUAUAGAAAUUAAAAUAUAGACAAUUUUUUCAUAGUCAAGUGUCACAUUCUGUAUAGAGCCGGCCUAGUGGCCGUUGUGUUUUCUAAUUCUCUUUCACAGCGACCUGCCUCUCCAUUACCAACCUCCAUCUGUACCUGCUGUGUUGGCCUCACCAUCAGAUGAGCUCCGCCCACACCGGAACAGGUAGUAUGAACAAGAUGCCAUGCGACUAAUAACUUGCUUGCCCUGAUGUGUAUUUCCAAGAUAAUUAAGGAACUGGAGACAUGGAGGACGAGGACUGAGGAGAAGAACAUUUUGGAAAGGAAAAGGACAAAGCAGAGACCGAAGCAGAAACUGGAGAAGGACACACACACACACACACACACACACUGAGUUAAUGCAGGACUGAAAUCUGUUUUAUAACUUGAAAAGUAGAAACAUCUACCUCUGAGACUUUAGGAUUGGAAUUAAAACAUUGAAUUGAACCACAAAGAGAAAAAUACUUCAUUGUAAUGAUUAAAUAAUAAUUCACUACAUAAGAUGUUUACACUAUGGAAUAGUGUAAAAGGAGGGAUUGUUGAAUUAGAUAAUUUACUAAAGCAAUAUGUAAAUUAGGAUUUACUAAUGUACCAUAACUUCAUACAUGUUGUUAUAGAAUGUGUGUUAUUGUUUAAUAAUUUACAAUAUUGUUUAGUGAGUGUCUGUGUAUUAUUGUUUAAUGCAUUGCUGUAACACACUGGUGAAGACGAAUCUCUUUGUGUUCCAAGAACACAGAUCAGUGGCAGAAAGGAAUCCUCCCCGGCAUGGAGAGAGCCCUGAAGGAAACCACAUUCCUGCAGUGGACCGCAUGGCAGAGGGCAAAUGGUGGCCGGAGUGAUGACGUCAUGUGGAUAUGCAAAUCUACCAACAGAUAGACGGCUCGGCCAAUGAGCGAAUUGGGGAAAGGUGUUACCAAGACAAUGUAUCCAAUGAGAAGUGGAUAUUUCCCCUGGGGCGGGACGCCCGGGAAAUAUAAAAUGAACUUUCGGAGGCUGCGACAGACUUCUUUUAGGUGAAGCAAGAGACAGCUAACUACAAUUGGUUUAGCCAGGAGUGGUCUGUGGAUUGUGAAGCCUUAGAAGUCCUCGGCCGAGAAUUUAUACUCUGUAUCUGAACAGUUAUUAGUUAUUAUCAACGAUUGAUAAUACUUUUUAUUAAAUACAUUUUAUUAUAA